AAGCCAUUGGAUCCGAAGCCAUGGGUUCUCUUGGCCGAGUGGAGACGGCCACGGGCGAAAUGGCCUAUGUGCUGCCUCCCACGGAGGAGAUGUACAAUGUGAUGCUUCAUGGUCUGAAGAGUUUCACUGACGACCUGCAGUCCGGGCACACCGACAGCAGCGCCAUCGGCUACGGCUGGGCGCCUGCGCCCUUCGCCGCCAAGAUCUCAGCGCCGCGGUUUCUGCGACCCAAACCGCCCACGCUCUCGCUGAGCCUCCGCGACGCCGAGCUGCGCCCCGCGCCGCUCUCGGCGCGGUCGCCGGGCGCCGAGGGGUCCCGGUCCCCGCGGCGGCCCAGCUCGGCGGGGCGCGAGGAGAAGAGACCGGUGCUGCCCAGGAUGGAAGCUGCCGCACGGACGACCAGCGACUCUGACACCAGCCGCGGAGGUGCUGCCAAAGAGAUCGUCGCUCCGCAGAGCGCGCGUGGUGUGGUGUUGCCUCCUGCCAAAUCUUCUCGGCAGCGGCCGCAGAAGCACCUGGCAGCCGACGGCAAGGGGCCGAAGAAGCCUGUGACGAAGGAGCCAAGGGAGUCCGUGCCGAUGCCGCCUGAGCGAGUGCCUCAGGACCGGCACCGUCCAGCGCCGAUGCGCCCCGUGCCCAACGCGCACGCGCAGAACGAACGCGCAACGGGACUGGCGGCAAAGCAUGGGCCUCGAAACCUAGAGGAACACAUCGCCUUCGCGAGCCAACGCCUGCUCUCUGGACAGCUGACCUGGAAGACGGAGGACUCCUUCGCGGACUACCGCAAUCUGCGUGCAGGUGAGUACUUCAAUCAUUUCCAGCAGAAUGCGGCGCUGACCACAAAGGCUGGACUGACCAAAAGUCUCAAGGACUAUUCCACCUCCUUCUCCGACGCGGAGAGCUUUUUCCCUCGAUCCUACGAUGUAGCGCAGAAGAGCGAGCGUGAGGACUUCAUCCUCGACUUCCGGCGGUCGGCGGCGUUGCGCGUGGCCUUGCUCCACCGGCGCAUGCGAAAAGAUCAGCAGCAAGGCUUGAACGUGGCCUACCAGUGCAAUGAGACAGUGUUGGCUGCCUCGCAGCGGGUGUUGCAGCGCUGGCAAAAGGAUUUGGACCGGGAGCACCUCGAUGAGGGCGACGAGGGAGCGCAUCUCUCAGAGGACCUUUGGGAAGCGUUGCUUCUGUACAGCGAUCUUCAACAGUCGGAGCUCCUCUACGGCGUCGCUGACCGAAACCGGCACGCGAAGAACGCGCGGAGCGAGGAGAGCUGCGUGCAGGAGUUGAAGUUAUGGCCGGAAUUCCUCAGCCACCACUGGGGCUAUGGAGAGUUUGCCGACACCUUGCAGCAUACGCUGAUGAGGCUUGAGAUGCUCUUUCCACAGUGGUCCCUCUUGGGCAACGAGACGGGUGGCCGCAAUGUGUGGAUCGUGAAGCCCGGGACGAAUUCCAAGUCCAACGGCAUCGAAUGCAUGAGUCAUUUGAAGGAGCUCUUGCAGCACUGCGACCGCAUGCCGAAUCGCCUCGUGCAGAAAUACGUGGAGCGGCCGUUGCUGCUCUUCAGCGGACGGAAGUUUGAUAUCCGGCAAUGGGUCUUGGUGAGGUCGGUAGAGCCAUUGAAAGUGUUCCUCUUUAGCGAAUGCUACCUGCGGCUGUGCAACGGCAUGUACGACCUGGGUGAUCUGCGAGACCGGGAGAGGCACAUUUCCAGCUGGCAAGUCAACAAGCAUGGCAAGAACGUCGUGGAUGGCGCCGUGGUCUCCUUGGAGGAUUUUCGCCGCGAGUUGGAAGAACUCACUGGGCAGAAGGACUACUGGGAGAAGGAGCUCCUGCCACAGAUGAAACACAUCGUCGUUGAGGUGCUCCGUGCGGGCGCCUUGUCGCUGACGCCGCGCGCCGAAAGCUUUGAGCUCUUUGGCUUCGACCUGAUGUUGGACGAGGCCAUGAAGAUGUGGCUUUUGGAGGUGAACUUAAGCCCCGGCUGUGACAGCCGCACGGCUUUCAUGGAUCGAAUGCUCAGUCGGAUGUCACAUCGAUUGAUCGAGGUGGCCGUACUGGGCCGAGAAGAAGCCGAUGGGGAGGAACCUGACUGGAUCAAGAUCUGCGAUGAAGCUGGCACAACCGCUCGAUCUGCAGAUCUGCAAAGGCCCGACUUGAGCAUCCAGGGCACUCCGCUGCGGAUACCAAAGAAAGGACCAGCAGCCGCACGAGCAGGGCCACAGGACCCAGGUGGCCGAGGUGUCUCCUUCAUUGCAGAGGAUGCAGAGGCCAGCCAUUCGCCCAAAGAGCCUGUCCGGAAGGGAACCGGCUUUGUAAGCCUCUCGGACUUGCCGGAUGAUGAUGAGGAGGAGCAAGGCGUGCGCUUCCCGGAGGUAUCUGGUCCUUCUGAAGAAGGUCAACCCCGGGCCAAGGUCCGCAAGGGCACCGGCUUCGUCGCUGCGUCCGACCUGCCAUCUGAUGGAUCGGACGACGAGGACAGAGGCGUGACCUUCAAUGUUCCUGCUCAGGUGGAAGACCGCAACGCAGAUCCGAAAGUCAAGGUCCGGAAGGGCACAGGCUAUGUGAGUCUCUCUGACUUGCCAUCGGAUGGUGAGGAGGAGACGGCAGCAGUCUCCUUCCAGGCGUCUGCAGACGACGGGCAACCUCGAGCUAAGGUCCGCAAAGGCACAGGGUUUGUAUCCCUUUCAGAGCUUCCGUCAGAUGGAUCUGAAGAGGAGGAGGACAGAGGAGUGACCUUCAACGUUCCUGCGAAGGCUGAUGGAGGCAACGGCGAUCCCAAACAGAAGGUCCGCAAGGGAACAGGCUAUGUGAGUCUUUCCGAGCUACCAUCAGAUGAUGAAGAGGGAACAGCAUCAGUAUCCUUCCAGGCAUCUGGACAAGAAGGACAACCUCGGACCAAGGUUCGAAAAGGCACUGGAUACGUGGCUGCAUCAGAUCUUCCAUCGGAUGGAUCGGACGAGGAAAGAGGAGUGACCUUCAAUGUUCCUUCGAAGGCCGAAGGACAUACCGGUGAUCCGAAAGGGAAGGUCCGCAAGGGAACAGGCUAUGUGAGUCUUUCCGAGCUGCCAUCAGAUGAUGAAGAGGAGCCCGCAUCAGUCUCCUUCCAGGCUUCUGGACCAGAGGGGCAGCUUCGACCCAAGGUCCGCAAAGGCACCGGCUUUGUUGCUGCUGGUGACCUUCCCUCAGAGGGCUCGGAGGAGGAGCAGGAGACCAACAGCGUGAGCUUCAAAGCACGUGCUGAUCAGGGUGAUCCCAAGCCCAAGGUGCAGCAAGGCACCGGCUUCGUGGGUUUGUCCGAUCUUCCCGACGAGGAGUCCAGUGUCUCAUUUCAGGCCAGAGGAGACGAGGGCGAACCCAAGCCAAAGGUCCGGCAAGAUACCUGCGUGGUUCGGGCUUCCCAACUCCCUCCCGAAGAGGAGGAGGAGCAGCAGAAUCGAUGGCCCAGGAAGUCGGCGAUGAAGCAGCAGGUCUCGCCGCGCAAGCAGGGGCACACGCUCUCUGCGUAUGCCCUCUUCGAGCUGGGCUCUGAUGAGGAGGAUGAGGGUGAGAAUGAGGCCCAGGUGACGACCGCGACGACUGCGCCGGGCAGAGUAGGCUUCGAUGAGACGGCAGAGGAGAAGCCAAGACCGACAGCUUCCAAGGUGACUGGACGACGUGGCACCGGCUUUAUCAGUGCCGAGGAGGUGGACAAUAUGGUGCCCGACGAGGAAGCAGUUGUAAGAGAGACGGCCAAGGCGACCCUGAAGAAGGGGCGAAGCUUCGUGGCCACGGAGGACUUGGCUGCGGCGCUGGAGGAGCCGGAAAGCCCGGGUUUGCAGCAAGCAGAUCACGCAGAGGUGGACGCUGAGAGUCGAGUCACCUUCGAUGCCUCAGCGCAGGAACGAAGUUCGUCUCAAGGAAGUUCCAAGGUCGCUCGCAAAGGUACUGGUUUCCUCUCUGCGAAUGACUUGAAGAACAUGGCGGACGAGGACGAGGCAGAGGAUCCAAAGGCAGCUGUGACGUUUGAUGAGUCAGCGCAGGAGCGAGCUUCGUCCCAAGGAAGCUCCAAGGUUGCUCGCAAAGGCACUGGCUUCCUGUCCGCUGCCGACUUGCAGGCCAUGGCGGCUGAGGAAGAGGACGAGGCAGAGGCUUCAAAGGCAGCCGUAACGUUUGAUGAGUCAGCGGAGGAGCGAGCUUCGUCUCAAGGAAGCUCUAAGGUUGCUCGCAAAGGCACUGGCUUCCUGUCCGCUGCCGACUUGCAGGCCAUGGCGGCUGAGGAAGAGGACGAGGCAGAGGAUCCAAAGGCAGCCGUAACGUUUGAUGAGUCAGCGGAGGAGCGAGCUUCGUCUCAAGGAAGCUCUAAGGUUGCUCGGAAAGGCACUGGCUUCCUGUCCGCUGCCGACUUGCAGGCCAUGGCGGCUGAGGAAGAGGACGAGGCAGAGGAUCCAAAGGCAGCCGUAACGUUUGAUGAGUCAGCGGAGGAGCGAGCUUCGUCUCAAGGAAGCUCUAAGGUUGCUCGGAAAGGCACUGGCUUCCUGUCCGCUGCCGACUUGCAGGCCAUGGCGGCUGAGGAAGAGGACGAGGCAGAGGAUCCAAAGGCAGCCGUAACGUUUGAUGAGUCAGCGCAGGAGCGAGCUUCGUCUCAAGGAAGCUCUAAGGUUGCUCGGAAAGGCACUGGCUUCCUGUCCGCUGCCGACUUGCAGGCCAUGGCGGCUGAGGAAGAGGACGAGGUGGAUCCAAAGGCAGCCGUCACAUUUGAUGAGACAGCGCAGGAACGAAGUUCAUCCCAAGGAAGCUCCAAGGUCGGCCGCAAGGGAACUGGUUUCCUCUCUGCCAACGACUUGAAGGCCAUGGGUAAUGAGGAUGAGGCCGAGGACGAGGACGAGGAACAUCGAGGGGCGGCUGUGACUUUUGAUGAGUCAGCGCAGGAGCGAACGCCGUCCGAAGGAAGCUCCAAGGUCUCUCGCAAAGGCACCGGUUUUCUUUCUACUAAAGACUUGAAGGCCAUGGAAGAUGAAGACGAGUAUGACGAGGAAGACUUCGAAGAAGACUUCGAAGAUGACUUUGAGGCCGAAUCAGGCAAUGAGAGCCCCAAUGCCUCCAAAACACAGUGAAGGGGCUCAACCCGCCCGCGACCGGGAUGCUGAAAGACAUUUGA